AGGGGCCGGAGUGGCCGGAGGGCCACGCUCCGGCUGCAGGCGCAGCGCGCGGGAGACCAUGUCCGGGGGCAGCAGCUGUAGCCAGACCCCAAGCCGGGCCAUCCCCGCCACUCGCCGGGUGAUCCUCGGCGAUGGCGUGCAGCUUCCGCCCGGGGACUACAGCACCACCCCCGGCGGCACGCUCUUCAGCACCACCCCGGGAGGUACCAGGAUCAUCUAUGACCGGAAGUUCUUGAUGGAGUGUCGGAACUCACCUGUGACCAAAACACCUCCGCGGGACCUGCCCACCAUUCCCGGAGUCACCAGCCCCACCAGUGAGGAGCCCCCCACAGAGCCCAGCCAGAACCACCUGCGCAACAGCCCAGAAGAUAAGCCGGCCGGUGGUGAAGAGUCACAGUUUGAGAUGGACAUUUAAAGGACCAGCCAUUGAAUCGAGCAGUGCCUCUGGGCCCCCCCCCGGCCCUUCUCGGGAGAGAAGUCACACCAGUCAGGCCUUUUGCGAGUCCUCAUCCUGGGCAGGCGUUGAGCAUGGGGUUGGCCAUCCUGACUCUCUGCUCCCUCUCUCAGGGCACCUUCUCCCCCUUCCUCUUUGUGAACACCAGCGGAUACCUCCAUGUGCCUUCAUUCAUGCAGAAGCUGCCACCCUAAUGGGAGUGACUCUCAUGAGCACACCCUGCAACCCAGGGCCAGCAUUGGAUGUGGAGGAGCCCUUCAGCUCUUCCAGCCCCAUCCUCUGGGGGCGCACCCACCCCUUCCUUAGGUUGGUGUGUGUGGGAAAACUCCCCUCCCCCCUCUUCCCCAAGAGAGGAAAUAAAAGCCACCUUUGCCCUAGGGCCAA